AUGUCACCAACUGCUGACGUUCUCGAACUUCACCAGAAACUUCCAUGCCAUGUCCCAACUCGUCUUGUGGAAGCUCCUCUCGCAGCUAAGCACCUAGGUGUUCGACAAGUCUGGGUAAAAGAGGAGUCAAGUCGUUUCGGAUUACUAACUUAUAAAAUUCUUGGAACGUCAUGGGCCACAUAUCGUCAGUUGGAGACUUGUUUUGGUCCUUUCCAACCGUUGUCUAAUAUCGAUGAACUGAAAGAGCAAUUGAAAGAUUUUGAUAUUACUCUAGUCACCGCUACUGAUGGAAAUCAUGGUCGAGCUAGCGCACGCAUGGCUGGAUGGCUUGAAUUCAUGGCACAUAUUUGUGUUCCAGAUGAUAUGGUACAUGCUCGGAGAGAAGCAAUCAAGAGUGAAGGAGAACAUAUCGAAGUUGUCAAUGGAGCAUAUGACGAUGCCGUGGCUAAAUUAGCUGAUAUAUUAGGAAGCAAGCACCUAGUUAUCAGUGAUACAGCAUGGAAAAGCUAUGAGCGAGUGCCCACUUGGAUUGUCGAAGGAUAUGGCACAAUAUUUCGAGAAGUCGAUGAGCAACUUAGAAUAUUCGGAGCAGAGCAUCCACAUUUGGUAGCAGUACAGAUGGAUAUCGGUUCUCUUGAUACCUCUGUCGUUCGUCACUAUCGUUCUCCUAACAGUACAACGCAUAUUCUCGGUGUUGAACCGAUGCAUGCUGCACGCGUACUUCAUUCAUUAGAAGCAGAUGAACUGAAAGAAGCGUCGGGUUCACAUAUAUCAAUAAUGGCUGAUCUCAAUUGUGACAAACCAUCGCCACUUGCAUGGCCCUUUCAACGCAAUGGUCUGAGCGAAUCAGUGGUAAUCGAUGAUAGUUUCGCAGAGGAAGCCAUGGGACUACUCGUCCAAGACGAACUGAUAUUGGGAGAAUCUGGAGCGGCGGACUUAGUUGGCAUUCUGGCUCUACUGACUGCGAGGGACGAGACAGAAACGAUAUUUGAAAACCUUGGCCUCGAUCACAAUAGUAGCGUCUUGAUCAUCUCUACCGAAGGUGCAACUGAUCUACAAGCGUAUGCUCGAAUUGUUGGUAGUAUACUUAAGACAUGA